UCUUAUUCUCAAUGUUCUCUCACAAACACAUUUCAGAAUGACGAUCACCUUUGAUCGAAGCGGCACCAAUGGUUUCGUCAGCCUUGACUCGUACUGCGCAGAAAACGAAGUUCUGCGCCCACGAAGCUGCAAUUCCGUUUCUCUAGAAUGGAAGAACAUAAAGUACGAAGUGCCAGUUGGAAAAUGCAAGAAAGUGCUUAUCAAUCACAUGUACGGAAGGUGUGCUCCGGGAACGCUGACUGCAAUUAUGGGACCUUCCGGUGCAGGAAAAACGACGCUCAUGAAUAUCCUCUCGGGUCAUAUCGAGAAGGGCUACGAAGGGGAAGUACAAGUCAACGGCUGCGUGAGGGACACGAAGCUUUUCAAUAUGCAAAGCUGCUAUGUCAUGCAAGACGACUGCCUCCUACCAGAACUGACGGUGCGAGAAGCCCUCAGCAUGAGUGUCCAGCUACGGACGCCAUCAACAGGAAGUUCGAUUAGGCGUGAAAUUGUCGAUGACGCCGUCCAUCGAUGGGGCUUGACAGAGUGCCAGAAUACAAGGGCCAGCUACCUCUCUGGAGGUCAAAGGAAAAGACUCGCCAUAUCACAAGAGCUCAUUAGUAACCCUCCCGUCAUCUUCUUAGACGAGCCCACCAGUGGCCUCGACAGCAGCUCAGCACUGAGGUGCGUUCUGGUGUUGCGGUCCUUAGCCGCAUGCGGGCACACAGUACUGUGUUCCAUACACAAUCCGAGCGCUACUCUCUUUUCGCAUUUUGACAAGGCAACGUUCACCUUUCAGCUGUACAUGAUCUCGGAAGGCAUGUGCAUUUACAAUGGUCCCGUCGACAAAUUGCUUCCCUUUCUGGCCGCUCAGAAUCUCAACUGUCCGAUACAUCAUAAUCCGUCCGAUUUCAUUACAGAAAUAGCAUCCGGAGAGCAUGGGGAGUUAACCAAACAAUUGGCAAGGUCCUUUAAACCUGGUUUUCUUAUUGACAACGGCGUAAAUACGUUUGACCACCCGGAACUAACCCAAUAUGGCGGGAGAGUGAUGACGGAAGUGGAGAAGCAACAUGAACGAAACUUGUACAAAAUAAACGCCAGCGCUUUUCUGCAGUUUGGCGUACUGUUGAAGCGGUGCUUCCUUUGCCAGAUCAGAAAUAAGGUUGCGUCGCAGCUCCGCCUAAUAGCCUACUUGUUCUUUUCUGCUCUGCUAACUAUGAUGUACUACGGCAUCGGCAACAGAGCAACCCGCGUCAUGAACAACGCCGCCAUGUUUCUCGUAGCUCUGGCAAUCAUACUUUUCCAGUCCAUCAUGCCGACCGUGUUGAUAUUCCCUACAGAACUCAGCGUCUUACUGAGGGAACAUCGAAACUGUUGGUACAGUCCAAGCAUGUACUACGUCGCUAGAAUCAUCACUGAGCUACCUUUUACGAUUGGCGGACCCCUUGUCAUGAUGUGCAUCCUGCACUGGUCCACCGCGCAGCCAUUUGACUUCCAUCGCGUGGCUGCCGUUGUCCUGCUGGCUGUGCAGACAUGCGCCACAAGCCAGGCCAUCGCGCUGGUCGUCUCAGCCGCCAGCAGUAUGCAGACUGCCCUGUUCGUGGCCCUGCCGGCGGCGGCGCCUUCGUUCCUGUUCUGCGGUUACUUCGUCCAGGUGCGCCACCUGCACCAGGCCUUCGCCUGGAUCACGUACACGUCGCACGUCUACCACGCCCACCAGGGAAUGCUGUACGCCAUCUACGGGCACGGACGUGAAGAGCUCGACUGUGACGACGACAGCUUCUGUUUCCUGAGUGACCCGCGCGAAAUACUGGCCAAGCUGGACGCCGAACACGCCUACCUCUCCGUAAAGUUCGCCAUACUGCUGGGCAUGGACCUCUUGCUCAAAAUCAUCGCUUUCUUCGUUCUCAAGUGGCGCCUUCGACGAAAACGAUUUCAUAAGAUCACCAUUGUGAGGCAUCUGCUUCUGCUUACGAGCCGACCAUUUGCUCUGUUUUUAGGCCCCCAUCAAAGAUCACAGAACAUCAUCGAGCAUGCCAGCAUCUUCAAUGGUGGCGCGUCGCCGCGGAACCUGAACGGUGCCGUGAAGAAAGUCACAACCUGCUUAUACGCCGGUGUCAAUGGAAUGGAAAACGGUGACAGUGCCCCUCUUCAGCCUGAAGGCCCUCGUAACAGGGUCACACUGGAGUGGAAGAAUGUUUCAUACGCCGUCACCCACGGAAAAGGAAAGAAACCACUUGUCAAAAAUAUGUACGGCAAAGCGCUCCCCGGAACUAUGACUGCUUUAAUGGGACCUUCUGGAGCGGGAAAAACAACAUUGCUCAACGUGCUUUCCGGGCAUUAUGACAAAGGCUACGAAGGUGAAGUCCAGGUCAACGGCUGGAUUCGGGACACAGAGCUGUUCAACCGACAGAGCUGCUACGUCAUGCAGGACGACUGCCUUCUCCCAGAGCUGACCGUGCGAGAGUCUCUGGACAUGAGCGUGCGCCUGCGAAUGCCUUCUCUCGAGUCCGCCAAGCGAGCACACUUGGUGAACGAGGCGCUGUCGCGGUGGGGGCUGGAGGAUUGCCGGAACACGAGAGCCGGACAGCUGUCCGGCGGGCAGCGAAAGAGGCUCUCAAUUGCUCAAGAGGUCGUGAGCAAACCUUCCGUGAUUUUCCUCGAUGAACCAACCAGUGGCCUUGAUUCAAGCUCUGCUCUUCGCUGCGUUUCUGUGAUGAAGAGCCUGGCUGCAUCUGGACAUACAGUGAUCUGUUCUAUUCACAAUCCGAGUGCGACGCUCUUUUUCUACUUCGAUACGUUGUAUAUGAUAUCAAGAGGAAGCUGUAUCUAUAACGGUUCUGUGCAAACGCUUCUGCCGUUCCUUGAAUCUCAGGGUUUGAACUGUCCGGCGCAUCACAACCCAGCCGACUACAUCACCGAGAUCGCUUCUGGAGAACAUGGCGACGUGCAAGCCCAACUUGCGGCACACUUCACGCCAUCAGGCAUUGACGCUGUGUCUGAGAACGUGGUACUUUCUUCGGAACGUCGAACUACACGAUACGGUGGUCGUAUUAUGACCAAGCAAGAACUUGAAGACGCACUGGCACAAAACAAAGAAAACGUUAACUACGCUAUUCAGUUCAGGGUGCUCCUGUGGAGGUGUUUCCUCUGCGUUGUCAGAAACAGGGUGGCCACACAUAUGCGCUUCGUUGCCUACAUUUGCUUUGCGGCAAUGUUAGUAGCACUAUUCUACGGCAUCGGGGACAACGCAUCUCGAGUAAUGAACAAUUUGUCCUUCAUUAUACUGAUGCUUUCCCUACUGCUUUUCCAAUCAACAAUGCCCACAGCUAUGAUCUUUCCAACUGAACUGAGCGUUUUGCUGCGCGAGCACCGAAACUGUUGGUACAAACCUGUGAUGUAUUACAUCGCCAGGUUGGCGACUGACGCCCCGUUCAUGCUCCUUGGACCAGCCACAAUGGUUGGGAUCGUCUACUGGGCAACGUCACAACCGGCUGAAUUGUGGCGACUAGCUUCCGUGCUGCUCUUGUGCCUUCAAAUGUGCUCAGUCUGCCAAGGCUUGGCUCUCGUUGUGUCAGCCUCAUGCAGUGCUCAGACGGCUCUCUUCGCGGUGCUACCUGUUGCAUCACCGCCAUUCCUAUUCAGCGGUUACUUCAUGCCUCCGAAGCUGCUCCACCCAGCGGUGUCCUGGCUGACGCGGUUGUCCCAAGUCCAUCAUGCACUUCACGGCAUAAUGUACGCGAUAUACGGCAAUGGUCGUGCCGAAUUGCACUGCGACGAAGAUACGUUCUGCUUCUUCGCCGACCCCGAACAGGUCCUCGUGGAAAACGGCGCUGAGGACGCCUGGCUAUCCGUGAAGUUUGGUAUCCUACUUGCCAUGGAUGCCUUCUACAAGAUCGUCGCUUACGUCAUUCUCCGGUGGCGUCUGCGAGUGAAGAAAUAGUUUUCUCCUCGAGGGAGGUUUGUGCCGUCAGCCCUCGUGUCUGCACUCUAGCUAUUGCUGACUCAGAAGGCACGCUUUGGAACGGUUGUACAUUAAUGUGAUAUCAGUUUCGAGGAACAAACUCUACAUUCGUCGUCAAUUCUUGACAAAGGUGAAUAUGCCGAGUGGAAAGCUGUACGCAAGAAUACGAAGAAAUAGAGACUGCAAUUUUUUUUACAGCGACAGCAAUUACAAGGAAAUACCGAGCGAAUUUUCGCCGUUGUCGUGACGUUCCUUAUAUCUCCAUAGGUGUAUAUACGUAAGUAAAUAAAUAAAUAAAAAUGUUUCGACCGCUGGAUU